AUGGAUUACAAGAUCAAGUGCAUAUUGCUUGUAUCCUUAGCUUUAGCAAUGUUCAUCGGCCUCUCGGAGGGGUUCGAUUUCCAUGAGAAGGAACUAGAAUCUGAGGAUCGUUUGUGGGAACUAUAUGAGAGGUGGCGUAGUCACCACACUGUGUCGAGGAGCCUUGAUGACAAGCAAAAGAGAUUCAAUGUGUUCAAGGAAAAUGUGAAGCAUGUUCAUAAAGUUAAUAAGAUGGACAAGCCUUACAAGCUUAAGUUGAACAAGUUUGCUGACAUGACAAGUCACGAGUUCCUCAACCAUUUUGCUGGUUCAAAGAUCAGUCACCACAGGAUGCUCCAUGGCAAGAUGACGAGCGGUAACGGUGGCUUCAUGUAUGCAGAUGCCGAUAAUGUCCCGCCAUCUGUUGAUUGGAGGAAGAAGGGUGCUGUUACUCCUGUUAAGAACCAAGGCCAAUGUGGGAGUUGCUGGGCAUUCUCAACAGUUGUAUCAGUUGAGGGUAUAAACCACAUCAAAACAGAGAAGCUAGUUUCCUUGUCUGAACAAGAGCUUAUUGACUGCGACACCUCACAGAACCAAGGAUGCAAUGGUGGUCUCAUGGAAUUGGCAUUCGAAUUCAUCAAGCAAAAGGGUGGCCUUAACACUGAAGAAAACUACCCUUACACCGCUGAAGAUGGCAAAUGCGAUAAGCUCAAGAUGGAUGCUCCAAAAGUAUCAAUUGAUGGACAUGAGAAUGUACCUGAGAAUGAUGAGGGAGCUCUGCUCAAGGCUGUUGCCCACCAACCUGUGUCUGUGGCCAUUGAUGCUGGGAGUUUAGAUAUGCAGUUCUAUUCAGAGGGAGUGUUCACUGGAGAAUGUGGGACAGACUUGAAUCACGGUGUCGCAGCUGUGGGAUACGGAACUACCCUUGACGGUACCAAGUACUGGAUCGUGAAGAAUUCAUGGGGAGAAGAAUGGGGUGAGAAGGGUUACAUAAGGAUGAAACGCGGUAUCUCCAAGAAAGAAGGAUUGUGUGGGAUUGCAAUGAUGGCCUCAUAUCCUAUCAAGAACUCUUCCAGCAAUCCUUCAUCUUCUGAGGAUGGAUACUCCAAGAAGGAUGAACUCUAAACCAGAUUUAGAGAUGUUUGAUAUCUAGGAUUGAUGCACAUUUACAGAAUCACUCAAACUUUAAAGGCAUUUUAUGUGAUUUCAAAUUAUACUUCAUUUCAAUUGUUGGAAACAAUUCAGUAAUCUGUUUUAAAGCAGGUUUAGAAUAAUAGUUAAUACUUAAUAGUGAUGAAAUAAAACCAUCUCAUAAUAUCAUAUUAUGACUUGUA